UUGGCCUCCUCUGGCAGUGCCAGUACUCUUGCAUCAUCAGUCAUAGAGGUUGGUUCAGGCCAGGAUAAAUUGGGUCUUGGUCAGGAUGAAGAUGAGGACAUGUCACCACUCCCUACACCUCCAACGCUUUCCAUCACAGAAGAAAUCAUGCAGUUUAUCAAUGAGAGCCGUGCACGAGAGGGCAUGCCAGAGCUGUCUUCUAAUGUGAGUGAGCCCAGUUCAGAGCCCAUGGAGACCCAGUGCACUGAGCCACAGGACUUAAAGGAAUAUCAGAAAACACAUGUGGUAAAAGAGGAAGAUCAGCUGGAUAUUGUUUCCAAUAGCCCACAGGAUAAGCAACCACUACUAGAUAUUAAUAUAAACAAAGAGGAUGACACUGAUCAUUUUCCACAUGAAAAUUUAAAAUCUGACUCACCAUCUACAAAAGAUUCUGGGGAAGAUAUUUCAUCAUUAUCAUUAUCUCACUUGCCCAGUCAUAACUAUGAGAAUGGGAAUGAAUCACUGGAAUCAGAUGUAGUCAUGGCAGGACUCAUGCCUGAACAAUUCAUGGAGCAGGAAAGUGAGGACACCGCUGCCAAAGAGAAAAUAUCUGCCCUAACAAAUAAAAUGGAGGAAAUUGUCAAUGGAACCCCAGCUGAACUGUGUGAUAACUCCUCUUCUGUACACAAACCUGCUGAUGACCCUCUGCUGCCUACAGGUGAAGUUGAACAAACGUUGACUAAAAGUCACAGGCAGAUCAUUGAAAAAAUUCGCAGCUACUAUGAGGCAGCAGAGGCAGUGGCUGAAGAUGGACAAGUUUCACGCAGGAAUAGCUUCUCUAACAUCCCUUCUGGCCUGGUAAAAGACUCUGUGUCACGCUUUAAUUUCUUUGUCCACCAAGUCAGCGUAUGUGAUUCUGAGAGUGGGCGUUCAGAUUCCAAUGAGAAUGAAAUCACGUCCACAUCACCUACUGUACCUGACCAAAAUGCAAAGAUUUUCAGUCAGCCGGACUACACCGGUGUUGAUGCUGCUGUUGCACAUAACAGCCAAGAUCAACGUAAGACUGAGUCGAAAUCAGAUGAUGAUGAGCAGAUUUGUGACUUUAAACCCUGUAUGGAGCUCUGGAAAGAGAAGGAGAGGAAAGCUUCAGGUCUUCAAGAAAGACCAAAUGUGUCUGCCUGUAAGGAGGGUAGAUUUGCAGAGGACAAAGAAGUAUGUGCAAAAGAUCCAUUUUCUGCAACUGACAGGAUGACUCCUGUGCUCAGUGAGCAGCUUGCACUGGAACAGGACCAAAAUGAAAGCAUAAAGGAUAAAAGCCCUGAACAAACAGAAAAACCUAUCAAAGAGGUUCAGCCCACUGCUGUGCCCAGAGACAGGACUUACCCUAAUGGCAGUUUGGAUGGUCUACCUAAUCAGAUUAAAGUUGGACGGUGGUCUCGCAAUGGUAAGGCGGUCACCUGCAGUAGGACACUUUACGAAGGCAUUGCAGAUGUGUCAAGCCUAGGAUUCUUUGAAACCGCUCCAAUGGAUCAAUGUUUAGUAGAGAAUUCAGAAAAAAUUCUGAGUAAGGUACAGAUGCUAGCACAAAUGUAUAUGGCCAAGUCAAGUAGUAUGAAGGUACCAUUACAUCAGAAAAGAACCCGGUUUACAAAGGGACCAUGUAAAGCAAAUACCCUUCCAAAGUCUCAGAUACUGCUGCAUCAGGCAGAAGUGAAGACACAGAAUCAACUCUCAGAUGUUCACAUGGAGUCUGUUACUCACGCUGCACCUGGGUCAUAUGGGCAUGUGAUUGUGAAAGAGCAUUUCACUACUACCUGUCAUCAAGAAAAUUAUUGCGAUAUUAUUGGACAAAAGGAGCAAGUCACCAAACUUGGAGCUAGUGCAACAGAAAUCAUUUCAUUUGAAUCCUCCACAAUUUCAUCUGAUGUAUUAUCUGAAAUAAUGGAAGAACAGUUGGCCACAAAUUUGGGAACUCAGAGCUCCUUAGAGAGAAAUACUCAAGAAAUACUUUGCAAAGAAAACGAAGCUAUGUCACGUCUUCAGAGCUCAGGAUCACAAGGCAACUUUCUUGAGCAGGAUGCCAACCACACUUUAUAUUCGAUUAGGGAGGACCAUUCAACAGUAGAUAAAAAUCUGAUCUUUGAGAGAGAAGAUGAACAUCAAAGUCAGUUAUCGGUUGUGGACAAACCAGUGAUGGAUUGCCAUUCUAACUCUAUAAAUGAAUCAGAAGUUGCAAGCCUCAAGGAAGAAGCCCAAGGUGUUGAAGAGAAGAAUAGUUUAAUUAAUAAGCCUUGUGAAAGCUUACAGUCUACUGAGGAUACAGUUGGUGAUACCCAGUUGAGGGCAUCAGUAAAUUCUGGUUCCACUGAUGAUCUGGAUGGGAUCAUUUCUUGCACUGAGAACUCCAUUCCUAAUGUAGCUGUAUCCCCUGUUAAUAUUGAAGAUACAUCUCUUCCAAUAGAAUUGGCACUGUACUUGGAGAAUGGAGUCUCAGAAACAAUGUCCAACAAAAAUCCCCAAAUAUCACCAGAUGUGCUGAACUUUGAUGUAUCACAUCAGUUGUGUUCUUCAGAACUCCAGUAUCAAUGUUCACCUGAAACAAAUUGCACAAAUGUACCACCUUUGCUUGGUUCCAGGCAAAUGGUAAAUCCAGAGUCUUUGGAAGGCAAAGAGGUACUAAGCAAUGAUUUAUUGGUGUCAAGCCAUCCCCUAACAUCGCCUUCCUGUAGACCUGUCAUAGAUAAUCUUCCAAAAUUCAACAGCCAAAGACCUGCCAAUCUGCCUAAUGCGUUGGGAAGAAGCUUUUCUCCCUGGAACACAUCAAACAUGACCUCCAAAAGACUAUCACAGACACGGCUCUGCUCCAAGGAAUAUGACCAAGACAUCUCAUCAUCAACUUCUGUGGUGUCUUCCAGUAAACCAUCUUUAUGUGAUAAUUCUUCAAACAUUCCCUCAAGUUUUUCUGACUCAAAGCCAUCAUCUGCCUUUAGCUUUAGCCUUCAGCUGCACUCACCCUCACCUAAUAUAAGCUAUUCAAACUCCUCUACAAAUUCUUCUGCCCUUGCCAAAUCACUUGCUGCUUCUUGUAUUAGUCAGACAAUUUCUCAAUGCAUGGCCAAAAAGAACACUCGCACGCAGGCUGCCUCUCCCCCUUCCAGUUCCAGUUCAUUGCAUGCAUCCACUCUAAGAUUAAGGUCUCCCUCCCCCAAACCUAUCAUCCUGAACUCAUAUGUACAGUCAGAUUCUAGUGGUUUACCCAGUAAGGUGACAAGAUGCCAAAGUCCAAAACGUCCCCCUUCCCUUUCCUGCUCGAAUAGUCCAUCAACAGUACAAUCCCCUCCUCCUUAUCACAGCCAACAUUUAGUAUCCCCUUCUUCCCCUGUACAUGUCCACUCAAUCCCCUCUGUUACUAAUACAAGAGCUGAUCAUCUUGAACAUUCUCCUCAUACUCCUCUGAAUAGCAAUAACAACAACAACAGUAACAGUCUUUGUAGUCAUGCCUGGACAAGUAGUCAUAAAAAGCCAUCAUCACAAAUGUACAGAGGUCCUCAUUCUCAUGAUCCACAUCGAGGGACCUCCUACAACAGAAUUGCUCGACCAUUCCCAUCCUCGGAGCCUAACUCACGUGUUCAGUCUCCCUCACCCUCUCACUCACCAUCUCUAAUCACGCGCAUCUGUUCCCCACCAUUUGUCCAGAGUAGUGCUGGUCCAUUAAUAACCAAGCCUCCUAAUCCACGGACCCCCAGACAGGGUGGGGCCAGUCCUUUCACACCUUUGUCUUUAGAACUUUCUCAAACACCUUCAUCUUGCUUUUUGUCUCCAUGUACAAGUCCAAGGGUAACCUCCCCACCUCCUAUUGGCAUUCCUACAAAUAUAUGGUGCAUUGUAAGCCCACAGCCAAUGAAUCCACUAGUGACACCUUUCUCCCCAACAAGAGCAGAGGCAAGUUCUACUCCUAGAGACUCCAGAAUCACUUCACCAGUGUCGGGAUCAUCUCCAUGUUCACUAUUCUUGUCUCAGAACCAGGGAAGACCAAGAGGAAGCAGCUUGCCAUUUGAGAACCUAACAGGCAGCCCAUCAAGUCUAUUCAGAAAUGAGCAUAGGUCCUUUGCUGAAAAUGGACAAUGGGCAGUUGAUGUGGAGUCACACCCAACUAUUCCUCAAAUGCGCUCUUGUAAUGGUUCCCCUAUGUGUGUUAGUCCAGGACCUCAGUCUCCUAUUAGGGGGACUGCACAGAAGAACACUGAUGCUGGAAAGCACCUAACAAACUUUAACUGGCCAGAAGUGCAUGAACUGCCAUCAGUUUAUAACACAGAGGACAGGUCUCAGUGUAACCUUUUACCCUCAUCAUCUUGUCCUGAAACUGGACAGGAGGACUCAGAACUGGGGAAGACUACUUGCCGGAAUAGCCUUAUCUGUGCCUAUGUGGCUCAUGCCACCCCUGUACCUGAAAAGGACACUCAAAUUCAGCACUCAGAUGAUGGAAAACAAGUGGAUAAUGUGCCAAUAAAGGAGACUAAGACAACAUUAAAAACCAGUUAUGCCACAACUGUCAACCUACAGAUUGCCGGGAGUGGGAGAAUUGCAUCCUUUAGUAAUGCCCAGGUUAGCCUGACUCAAACUCUGGCACCAGUGAUAGAGAGCCAGGGCACGAGAAGGGUCAGUAUAAAUAGCUGUACACUCUCACUGCAGAACUGCAAAAGGCUCUAA